GCUGUCGUGAACUCGCCAGCGGUGCACAUAAAGGCUUUCUACAACGCCACGUGGUCUCAGCGGUACGGGCACGGGCUGGCCCCUGGCUCCCUGACCCUCCUCUACUCCCUGACUGUCUCCAUCUUCGCCCUGGGUGGGCUGGUGGGCUCCCUGCUCGUGGGGGUGCUGGUGGAGCGGUACGGCAGGAAGGGCGCGCUGAGCCGCAGUGCUCUCCUUGUCCUCCUGGCCGGUGGCUUCAUGGGCUUCAGCCGGGAGCUGAGGUCCCCUGAGAUGGUGAUCAUUGGCCGCUCCAUCAUGGGGAUCCACUCAGGUAUCUGUCUCAGUGUGGUCCCCCUCUACCUGGGAGAAAUCGCCCCCAAGAACCUGCGAGGUUUCCUGGGCCUCAUGCCCAGCAUCUUCAUCUGCCUGGGGGUUUUCUUUGCACAGGUCCUGGGCCUCCCAGAGCUGCUGGGUGAGGACAGGUUCUGGCCCCUUUUCCUGUCCAUGGUGGUCAUUCCUGCCUCUCUCCAGCUCCUGCUGCUGCACUGCUUCCCUGAGAGCCCGCGGUACCUGCUGAUAGAGAGGAACGACGUCUGUGGGGCCACCAAGGCGCUGCACCAGUUCCUGGGGACACCCGACGUGCAGGAUGUAAUCAAGGAGAUGAAAGAAGAGCAGCGGUCGCUCUCCUCCGUGGAGAUGGUUUCCGUCUGGCAGCUGCUGCGGGACCGCUCCAUCUGCUGGCAAACCCUCUCGGUGGUGGUGGUGAAUGCCGGCAUGCAGCUCUCGGGGAUCGACGCCAUCUGGUUUUACACCAACUGCUUUACCAUCGAGAAGCUGGGCCGGCGGCCCCUCAUCAUCACCGGCUUCUGCGCCAUGGGCAUCUGCUCGGCCGGCAUCACUUUCUCCCUGCUGCUGCAGGCUGCCCUGCCCUGGAUGCGCUACGUCGGUGUCGCCUGCGUGGUUGGCAUCAUCGCUGGCUUCUGCAUGGGACCAGCCGGUGUCCCCUUCCUGAUGACAGCUGAGCUCUUCACGCAGUCGCACCGCCCGGCCGCCUACAUCGUGGGGGGGUCCCUCAACUGGCUCUGCAACUUCACCAUUGGCUUUGUCUUCCCCUUCUUGCAGAUGUCAGCUGGUGCCUUUUGCUACCUAGUUUUCUGCAGCAUCUGCCUGCUGGUGGCUCUGUAUGUCUACCUCAUCAUCCCCGAGACCAAGAACAAAACCUUCAUGGAGAUCAGCUACAUCUUCGCCACCCGCCGCUCCUUCCUCUCGAUCCCAGUCCACCUCAUCGGGAUGAUGAAGCUCGAUGGCUACGGGGCCUUGGAGAGCAGCUCCCCGGAGGGCUCGGGCUCCUGUCUGCCCUAA